UGCUGUUGCUGCUUCGCUGGAUGUUGCACCAUCAUUAAACGUCCUGUAAAACAAAAAUAAAGGAGCACUGAUACCACAAAUAAUGAACGAGGGUACCGAGUUAUCGCUGGCAAUUGCCCAAAUCGUGCAACGCCUGAAAGGAAGCCAUUUACACUCGCAAAUAGAGCGACAAGCCAAAGAAUGUUUACACCAACCUGAGAUAAAACUGGGAUCCCUUAAAGAAGAUGUACGGAAUUUCCUCAAAACAUCAGGCUGGGAAAGAAGGCUUCAGAAUGCAGUGUACAGGGAGCUACAUGUGCAGCAGCCCCCUUGUCACCCUGCGGUUCCCCCAGAGCACCUCAAAGAGCCACUGGCCUACAUGCGCAAGGCCCAGGCCAGCUGGGAGAAGCGUGUCCUCAAAAGCCUCAACAGCAUGAGCACGGAGCUGGGAGUACCACUGGCCCGCAUGAGGCCUGCAGUGGAGCAGAAGGAGCUGACCAACAAAUGGAACGAGAUGGGCACAGAUGAACCAGAUUUGAGUCGCUUCAGACCUGUCUAUGCCCCCAAAGACUUUCUGGAGGUAGUGGUUAGCCUGAGAAAUCCCAACCAUGACAGCAGUGAGGAGGUGAAUGUUCGCAGCCACUGGGGUCUGAUUCAGGUUCCCCUCAAUGUUCGGGACAUCCCAAAGUUGAGACAGGCCUUUUCAGAACUGAACCUAAACACUGGGCAGUUGGGGAUUGAUGACCACGCACACCUUCAUCCAGACCUGUUUGAGAAUGAAUAUGUUCAAAUUGGGAAGAAAGUGGUGGAGGAGCAGGACAGUGCAGCAGCGCAGCAGUACAGCAGACAGGGCUGUCCCACUGGGCUCCGGGCAGAUCUGUGGGCACUCAUCCUUAACUCCACCAACCAGCCACAGGAUGUCAUGUACUAUGAGCAGCUGAAGGCCGGUGUCAUUCAUCAUGACCUGUUGGUGGACAAUCUCAUCUACAAGGAUGUUAAACUCACAGCCAGCAAUGAUGACUAUUACUUCGUCUUUGAAGACUUCCUCUAUCAGGUUUUGCUGUGUUUUUCUCGUGACACAGCUGUCUUGGAACACUUCAAGUAUAACAGCGCUACUCCGCCCAAAUCCUAUAUUGAAGGGAAAAUGGGAGUGGAAGAGUGUGCUGUGGUGUAUCCUCCUAAUGGUGUGAUCCCCUUCCAUGGUUUCUCAAUGUAUGUGGCUCCUUUGUGUUACUUGUACAAUGAGCCAUCCAAACUCUACAGUGUGUUCAGGGAGAUGUACAUCCGCUACUUCUUCAGACUUCACUCCAUCUCCUCUUCACCCUCGGGUAUAGUGUCUCUGUGCCUGCAGUUUGAGAGACUGCUCCAGACCCACCUGCCACAGCUCUUUUACCAUCUCCGACAGAUUGAAGCACAGCCUUUACGGAUAGCUUUUAAAUGGAUGGUGCGUGCCUUUUCCGGAUACCUCUCCACAGACCAGCUCCUGCUCCUCUGGGACCGAAUUCUUGGAUACGAUUCCCUGGAAAUAGUCUCUGUAUUAGCAGCUGCCGUUUUCGCCUUCAGAGCUGAGAACUUGAUGGAAGUGACGUCACUGGCAUCAGCAGAGGCCGUCCUCGCUGAUCUUUCAACACUGAAGGUCAUGCCACUCAUCCAGAUCUUUCUAUUUGCCACUGCAAUCUGAGGACGUCGUUUUAUGAGUUGUGGUACGUACUCUGCAUACCACCUGAACGGACCAAGGAACAGUCCAAAAUGCCAAUUGCCACACCUUUAAACACACUUGUAUACCUCUUAUAUGUCGGUAAUUCAUUAAAUAUCAUGGAAUUAUGAAGAUUUAUGAAGAACAUCCCCAUGUUAACAUGCCUUGAAGUAAAUCCUAUUCUCAUUUAAAGGUGCAUUGUGUAACUUUUUUGGUGCAGGAUCUGUCAAAUGCUUUUCUCUGUGGAGAUGUUAUUGCUUUCUCAUAAUGUUUCACACUAUGGCUUUAAACAUUUCUAUCUUCAUGGAAAUCAAACCAGACCGACUUACAGUUCAGAUCUGUGGGAAGGCACCAAGCUCACAGUAUGACUGCUUGUUUUUCUUGGUAUUUUUGAGCUAUUAAACCACCUAUGAUUGAAUAAAUAUAAGGGAGAGCUGUUUAAUGUCACACUAUGGAACAUUCUAGGCAGAGCAAGGACAUAUCCAUAGAAACAACGGAUCCCCAAAGAGAAAGUUACAUAGUGCACCUUUAAAGUGCUUAUAACAGGCUAUUAUGAACCUGGACUUAAUUUGGUGGUAUUAUAACUGUUAUAAAUAUAAAUUACAGUUUUACACAAAUCAAGAAGUAAGUUGUAAAGAAAAGUUGAAAAAUCUGCUGAAAAUUACAGGAAGUUGAGAGUUUUAGAGAGUUCUAUAUUAAUGAUUGAUUAACUUUUUGGUUGGGGGUCAUUGCUCUACCUGGAAUGUAUAGUAUACAGUAUAGCAUUAAACAACUGUACUUUACAUUUAUUCCAUUUUUGAUUUUAUAGCUCAAAAAUACCUUGAAAAACAGAUAUUCUGACUGUGAGUGGGGUUGCCUCUCCACAUAUCUGACCUCUAAGUAGGUCUCCACCAGAAAAGUUUCACAGUGCACCUUAACUGUGGUUUAGUCAAAUGAGUAGUCCAACUUGUGGCACUUUAAUACACCCAUAUAUAAAUAUAUAUAUAUAUACAUAUAUAUAGAAUAGCCAGUCUUGUGUCAUUAGAUAUUAUACUGCUUGUAAGUAUAGCCACUGGAGUUGAGCGAACUGUUACUAGCCAUAUGCUGUGCAGGAAAGCCGAUAGGCACAGAGGGGCUCGCAUCAGCUGAGAGCCUCAUUAGCACGUAGCAGGGAGCAGUCAUUGUAAUGGCAGCAUGCUAGAGAGCUACAGUUGUGUUUAAUUAAAGCUGAGUAUUGAUUCAAAUGUAUUCCCUGCUUCAUAAUAGAUGAUGCUUUUGCUCCUAAAAAUGUAAGCUUCCAUGCAUGGUAAGGCAAUGGGUUCAAAAUGUACCUUAUGCAUCUAUAAAUAAGUGGGAUUGUCAAGUAAACCUCUUUUGGUCGUUAAAGGGCCCCUAUUCCACUAUUUUCUCAUCUAUGUUAUAAUGUUGUUUCCUCAUUACAUACCUGCACAUACCUGGCGUUGUUAUGUUUUUGAUGAGCUAAGAACAUCUAACAUGCCUUAAAGUUCACAAGAGUCAAUUUGUGUAAUAUGACAUGACAUAGUUUACUAGUUGUUGAGGAUUACAUUUAGUCAAGAUACAUUUGUUUAGCCAUAAGUGCAAUGAAAGCGAGUAAUUUAUGAUACUACCAUAAUGUGCAUUAGUAUAUUAGUUUUCAAAACAUUUGAUUGGUCCAAAUCUGUGUACUAUUAGUAUAUAUACAUUAUAUAUUGAAUUAAGUAUUUUAUUUAUUGUAUUCACAUAUGCAAAUCUGCCUGUAUAAUAUUCUUGGGAAUGGAUAAAACAAUGUAUUUAAAUGUAUAUUUUUUUUUAAAUUUAAAUAAUGUUACAUUUUGGUAUAUACUUUAGGCACUCAUUUCCUGAACCCAGUGUUUACAUUAUCAGCCAAUAUUGUUCUUCUUCACCCAUUUAACUGUUCUGCCAAAAACAUACAUUUAAAUAAAACUUCUCAGUUGUGAA